CUAUUAUGCUAUUUCCCUGUUGAUCAAAAAUCCCCAUCUGAUCUGCACUGCUGUUUGGGUCUGAAAUGUAUUUUCAUAGCAGCAGUCCAGUGAUUGCAAAAGGUUAUGGUGAAAGUGCAGAUGGCCCUAAAUCUCACCUGAGGAGCAGAGUCAUGGGUGUGCUACACCAGUGCACCUCAAGAUACGCUGUCAGGUGUUGACAAGCACCUUCAAGCUGAUUUUAAUCCAAAAUUACGUCAAAUGUUGCUGGUGGGCGUUGUCCAAGUUUAUCAGCAACCACCAACUGAACAUUCAAGUAUUUACUCUUUGAGUUUCCUCUAGAUUCUAUCAGUCAUUGCAAAACUUUUGAAGACACUUGAAUGUGGACAAUGAUGGUCUUUACCUUCCCCUCCAUUAACAGACAGGCCAGACUCAGAGUAUCUGGGGGUGAGGCCAGAAUAACCUUCUUUUGCCAGUGGGAAUACUUGGCCAGUGUAGUGGUGGGAUUUGGAAGUGAUGUAGCAUCUGGUUCAGGAAAGCUACCAUGCCCAAGGCUACUGGGAUGUUGCUUGGGCUAUGUCACAGCAGGGAAAGUGGUGUUGGACCCAAAGCCUUCAUCCUGGUGAGCUCCUGCCUGUUGUGAAAUACCCCCACAAGGUGUUUUCACUGGUGCUCGUUUCUCCUGCGCCAGUAGGAGCUGUUUCGGGCUGUGGUUGGGUAACCUGGGUUUGCAGCUCCUGUCACAGCUGAAAGGUCUCCCCAGCUCUUACCUACCUCCCAUCCUUGGUAUUUUGCUCCCACUGAUGAGCAGCAAGGGAUAAGUGUGGAUAAGUAAUCAUCUCCCUGCUGCACUCCCAGGAGGCUACAUCAGUAAGUGUGGGGUGGGAAGGGAGGAGCCACUUCCCUCACCCGGGAGAAUGGAAGUCCUAUAUCUCCUGCGCCUGCUCCUCACCACUGCCAUGCUGGGCCUCUCUCAGACCGUGAACCCCUUCAUGGCCCAGCAGACCCUUCCGGACCCUUGCUACGAUGAGAGUGGUGCUCCUCGCCGCUGCAUCCCUGAAUUCGUCAAUGCCGCCUUCGGGAAGGAGGUCCAAGCCUCCAGCACGUGUGGGAAGCCCCCAACGCGGCAUUGCAACGCCUCGGACCCGCGCCGAGCCCACCCGCCUGCCUACCUGACCGACCUCAACACCGCAUCCAAUAUGACAUGCUGGCGCUCUGAGACCCUCCACCACUCACCCCAGAAUGUCACCCUCACCCUCUCCCUCGGCAAGAAGUUUGAGGUGGUCUAUGUCAGCCUCCAGUUCUGCUCUCCUCGGCCAGAAUCCACCGCCAUCCUCAAGUCCAUGGACUACGGCAAGACCUGGGUGCCAUACCAGUACUACUCUUCCCAGUGCCGUAAGAUCUAUGGCAAGCCCAGCAAAGCCACCGUCACCAAGCAGAAUGAGCAGGAGGCCCUCUGCACUGAUGGCCUCACCGACCUCUACCCGCUCACCGGCGGGCUCAUCGCCUUCAGCACCCUUGAUGGGCGACCCUCUGCCCAGGACUUCGACAGUAGCCCUGUGCUCCAGGACUGGGUGACAGCCACCGACAUCCGUGUGGUCUUCAGCCGCCCGCACCUCUUCCGCGACCUGGGCAGCCGCGAUGCUGGGGAGGACGAGGGGGGCACCAGCUCCACCCCGUAUUACUACGCGGUAGGGGAGCUGCAGGUCGGUGGGCGCUGCAAGUGCAAUGGGCAUGCAGCGCGCUGUGUGAAGGACAAGGAGCAGAAGCUGGUGUGUGACUGCAAGCACAACACUGAGGGGCCCGAGUGCGACCGCUGCAAGCCCUUCCACUAUGAUCGACCCUGGCAGCGAGCCACAGCUCGUGAGGCCAAUGAGUGUCUGGCCUGUAACUGCAACCUGCACGCCCGGCGCUGCCGCUUCAACAUGGAGCUGUACAAGCUCUCAGGCAGGAAGAGUGGCGGUGUGUGCCUCAACUGUCGGCACAACACCGCGGGGCGGCACUGCCACUACUGCAAGGAGGGCUUCUACCGGGACCUCAGCAAGUCCAUCACAGACCGCAAGGCCUGCAAAGCUUGUGACUGCCACCCUGUUGGCGCAGCCGGCAAGACCUGCAACCAGACGACGGGGCAGUGCCCAUGCAAGGACGGCGUGACAGGUCUCACCUGCAACCGCUGUGCUAAGGGCUACCAGCAGAGCCGCUCACCAGUGGCCCCCUGCAUCAAGAUCCCUGCCAUCAACCCCACCUCCCUGGUCACCAGCACAGAGGCGCCUGCGGACUGUGACUCCUACUGCAAGCCAGCCAAGGGCAACUACAAGAUUAACAUGAAAAAGUACUGCAAGAAGGACUAUGUGGUCCAGGUGAACAUCCUCGAAAUGGAGACGGUGGCCAACUGGGCCAAGUUCACCAUCAACAUCCUCUCUGUCUACAAGUGCCGUGACGAGCGGGUCAAGCGUGGUGACAACAUCUUGUGGAUCCACCUGAAAGACCUGUCCUGCAAGUGCCCCAGGAUCCAGAUCAGCAAAAAGUACCUGGUCAUGGGGAUCAGUGAAAACUCCACUGACAGGCCGGGACUGAUGGCUGACAAGAACAGCCUUGUCAUCCAGUGGCGGGACGCCUGGACACGCCGCCUUCGGAAACUGCAGCGGCGGGAGAAGAAGGGAAAGUGUGUGAAGCCCUGAGGGGUUUCCACACUUCCAUCCCACCCCCUGCUCAGUCCCAGCCUGGCUGUGCGCUGCCAAACUGCACCCAGAGACUCUGUACAUAUAUAUAGUGUGAACAGACUCUUCUGUCUAUAGUGUAUAUUUUGGCAAUGGUUUCCCCUCGUGUGCACGUGUGGUGCGCAUGUGGGCCUCUUCCUCUAAGUGUGUAUUAAAAAUAACACAGUAAUGACAAACCUUUAA